AUGUCCUUCAUCAACAUCUGCCGUGAUAACACUGACCCUUUUUACAGGUAUAAAAUGCCUCCCAUCCAAUCGAAGGUUGAAGGUAGAGGUAAUGGGAUUAGAACUGCCAUCGUCAAUUUGGCUGAAGUCUCCAGAGCUUUGGGAAGGCCUCCAACCUACGUAUUGAAAUACUUUGGUUCCGAGUUGGGUGCUCAAACCAACGAGUCCCAAGACCGGUAUUUGAUUAAUGGAGCACACGAUGCCAAUGAGUUACAAGACUCUUUGGAUGGAUUCAUCAAAAAGUUUGUUUUGUGUGCCAGUUGUAAGAACCCCGAAACCGAAAUCCAAGUGAAGAAGGACAUUUUGCAAAGAGACUGUAAGGCCUGUGGGCACCUUUCGUUAAUCGACCCCAGAUCAAAAUUAUCAUCCUAUAUAAUGAAGAACCCCCCAGAUGGUGGAAAAGGUAAGAAGGGUAAGAAGGCUGCCACCGCUACUGCCAACGUUGUUGGAGGUGGUAAGACUAUUGCUGAUCUUGUUACUGACCAAAAAAAUGAUGAUGAAAGUGGAGAAACUUCUUUGGUUGUUGAUGAGAAUGAUGAUGACGAUUUCUUGACCAAAAAAAUCAAUGCUGAGGCUGCUGCUUUGGCUGAUGAGUCUAUUGAAGUCAAUGACGAUGACUGGGCUGUGGACAUGUCCAAAGAAGCUAUCGAAGCCAGAGCCAAAUUGGAUGGCUUAACCUUAGAUAGUAAUGCUGAGUUCAACCAAUUGGGAGAAUGGUUGUUGGAAGAAUCAAAAGACUCCAAAGAAGACUUGCCUUCGGAUAUUGAUAUUUAUAAGAAGAUUGUCGAGUUAGAAAUCUUGGACAAGGCUGAAACCAUUCAAGUCUUGGCCCAGACUUUGUUUGAUGACAAUAUUGUUGAACAAAUAGAAGAGCAUUUGGGGUUGUUGGCCAAAUUAAUUAAACAAGAGGAAGAAAAUUCAAAGGCUUUCUUGGGUGGUUUAGAAAGAUACAUCGGAUUGGAAAAUACCAGUUUGAUUGAAAAAGUCCCAAAGAUCUUAAUGGCUUUGUAUGACAAAGACUUGAUUUCCGAAGAAGUCAUCAUUUCUUGGGGCUCCAAGGUUUCUAAAAAGUACGUACCAAAAGAGGUUUCUAAAAAGGUCAGAAAGGCUGCCAAGCCAUUUGUCAAAUGGUUGCAAGAAGCUGACGAAGAAAGUGAUGAAGAGUAG